UUUUGGAAGUAACUCUGCCUCAUUGAAAAUGGUGCGACUUUUGUUGAUUAUCUUUUGUCUUUCGGUUAUGGCAGUGAUCCUGUUGAAGAAGCAGAGAGGCAAACGGAAGCCAUCAAGGUCUCGUCCACCGGGUCCAAGAGGUCUUCCCCUCAUUGGCAAUCUUCACCAAAUUGAUAGUUCAAAAUUGAAUAUCCAGCUGGAGCAGCUCUCAAAGGUCUAUGGUCCCCUUUUCUCCCUCCAAUUAGGCUUCAAGCAAGCCAUUGUUGUUUCCUCUCCAAAACUAGCCAAGGAAAUCCUCAAAGACCAUGACAUUGAUGUCUGCACCAGGCCUCCCUCCCUUGGCCCUCUAAAACUCUCAUACAACGGCCAAGAGAUUAUUUUCUCUCCCUUCAACGACUACUGGAGAGAAAUUAGAAAAAUCUGUGUCGUCCAUUUCUUCAGCUCCAAACGGAUCUCCACCUUUUCCAGUGUGAGAAAAUCUGAAGUCAAACAGAUGAUGGAAAUUUUAUCUGGGCAUGUUCGUUCUUCCAAAGUAACCAACUUGAGUGAGCUCAUGAUGUCGGUCUCAAGCGGCAUCAUUUGUAGGGUUGCAUUUGGGAAAAAGUACGAUGAAGAAGGAGCUGAGAGAAGCAGGUUCCAUGGGCUUCUAAACGACUCACAGGCUAUGUUCCUUUCUUUCUUUGUCUCGGAUUACAUUCCGUUCUUGGGGUGGAUCGAUAAACUCACCGGCUUGUUUGGCCGUCUUGAAAACACUUUCAAGGCCUUGGAUGUUUUCUUCCAAGAAGUCAUUGACGACCACCUAGAUCCGAACAGGGUCAAACAAAAUGAAGACGAGGAUAUUGUCGAUGUGCUGCUUGAGCUUAAGAAGCAGGGUCGCUUGUCAAUAGACCUCACCCAAGAUCAAAUCAAAGCUAUCAUCUUGGACAUACUUGUGGCAGGGACUGACACAACUGCAGCCACAUCCGUGUGGGUAAUGACCGGAUUGAUGAAGAACCCAAGAGCAAUGGCGAAAGCCCAAGAAGAAAUUCGAAAUGCGUGUGGCAAGAAGGAGUUCAUAGAGGAAGAGGAUGUUGAAAAGCUUGAAUAUCUGCAGGCAGUGAUAAAAGAGACACUUAGGUUUUAUGCACCAACACCACUGGUACCAAGAGAAGCCAUUAGAAGUUUCAGCAUAGAUGGGUAUGAAAUAGAAGCAAAGACAAUAGUGUAUGUGAACGGGUGGGCCAUUCAGAGGGACCCUGAAGCUUGGAAAGACCCAGAAGAAUAUUGGCCAGAGAGGUUUUUGAACAGUGAGAUAGAUUUUAAGGGACAUGAUUUUGAGUUUAUUCCGUUCGGUGCAGGGCGUAGAAUUUGCCCUGGCAUAUCGCUGGGAAUUGCAUCAGUGGAGCUCAUAACUGCAAAUCUUCUUAAUUCAUUCCACUGGGAGUUGCCCGAAGGGAUGAAACCUCAAGACAUAGACACUGAGGGUCUGCCAGGCCUUGCUCGACACAAGAAGAAUCAUCUUUUCGCUUUUGCCAAAAAACGUAUUUGAAUGUAACAACUAACAAGGUUCUGAUUCCCACUGCAAAAUGUGUGUCAUGAGAUUUUAGAAGGAAAAUAAAGAAUCCAAUCACUUGGUAGUGAAAUUAGUUCGUAUAAAUAGCGAUUGGAUUGUUCAGUGCCAAACUUACGGUUCUAAAUCGAUGACUCUAAAAAGUAUAAUAAAUUCUUAUAUUUAGUCACCG